UGGUCCCAAACCAAACAAAUCAGCACACUUUCAGAAAUAUUUUCAAAAAUUCCGAAAUUAUGGGAACAAUGAACGGUCUAAUGAUUUUCGAUCAUUUAAAUGAUAUCGUUUAUAUUAAAUGUAACAAUACUUUCAUUAAACAUAUCAAUGAACUUGCAGUUGAAGAUGGUGUAUUACCUGAAGAGAAUAAACAUGAUACAUCUGUACCUGAUAAUGUACUCGUACAUUUAUUCUCACCAGUUGUCACAUCUCAAAGAAUUAUGACAUCUCAAUUUGGAAACUCGUACAGCUCUAUUCAAUGUUACGGAGGUCUUAAAAUUUGUUUCGAUGAGUUUAUGGGGUAUUUAUUUGUCGGUAUAGGUGAAGGUGAACUCUUGAAAAUUCAGAAAUAUUUGAGUAUUUCGAUUGCAAUGGUCAGAUUUCUUUGCGGGCCAGAUGUAUACGAAUUGAAAGCCAGAAGUCAACGAUCAGAGUUAUUGUCAAAUCUUUUGGAUAGUUACAAUGACUUAAGAGAAAAUGAUCAAGCAGUAUUAUUAGAAGCUAUUGAACAAGUGGUUUUAAAUCCAAACCUGAAUACCUCUGUGAUCCAAGCUCUGAAAGAAUCUGUUGUUUCCCUAAUAACUCAAAUAGACUGCUUCAAAAUACAUGCAUUAUUGGCGGUAAAAAACAAGUUUUUGAGCUUGUAUUCAAGUGAAUUGGCUAAAGAACUUUCUCCAACAGACAUAUUAUUCUCCAUGAUUUUGGCCGAUUCAGCUACUAAGAAUUCUUCAGAUGGAAAUCUCAAUACCUCCAAUUCAAUAUUCAGUUACCAAGUACUGUUAAGUGGACCAGAAUCCUCCCCGAAAUGCCUUCCACACGCUAUCCAUAUCGUACCUAUAGAUGAGGAAUUAAACAUUAUAUUUUUCUUGGAAAUUGGUAACUCUGCUCUUUCAUCCAGCUUAUACGAGACAUUCUGCCAUCUCCAUAUCAUGCAGCAAAUAACGGUUCAAAGAGAUUUUUCUGUGAUGAGGCCCGCAUACGAAAAUUUAGAACUGGCCGUUAAAAAAGUAAAUGACAGUUUGAAAAAGAACAAAAACGCGGCCAUAGAUGCUUGUCACAAAAAUCUGGUGAAGAAAUGGGAUUCUAUGAAGAAGAAAUACACGGAAUUUUUGAAAAAUUCCGCGGAAGAAGCCCUGCUGAGGGCGGAAACCUUGGCUUUGGGAUUUCUCGAGGAUCUAAAACAACUGCUACAUUUGACAACGGUGAACGAGGGAAUUUUAAAAUCUAGUCGAAAAAAUGUGAUCGAGGCUGCAAAAUUGGUCUCCGAAAAAUUGAACAGUAUUAAGGACUUUGUGAAAGUGAAGGCGAUGAAGAAUUUUUCUCUUGCAUCGUAUCUAGAGGAUUUUCCUGGCUUGGUACAUUUCAUCUAUGUGGACCGUACAACUCAUAGGGUGACAUCUCCAAGUAUAAAUUUCCAAAUGGAGAAACCCCACUUAUUGACCAAGAGAAAGGUGUGGCAUCUGAUAGAUUUCGCUCUUCAACAUCUUCAAGAAGGAACCAUGUCCUUGAUGUGGAAAGACACGAUAUUCAGCUACGCUUAUUUCUUGUGGUUUGAAGACUCCAACGGGACCCCUUUGAAAUCUACGGUGCCCCUGACGAAUCCAAAUAAAACUCUUCCUGUGCCCGGUCUUCUGAACAACGAUUUUUAUCAGAAAAUCAAAGAAAUAUGUUUUCCGAAAAUGUCGCCGUCCAAGAUAAGAUGUUACGAGAUAUUUUGCGUACAUCUGGGACUAGUCAGCCAGCCCUGUGUCUUGGAACAUACGCGGAGGCUAGCAGCCACGAUUUGGGAGUUGAGCGGGCAUCCAUCCCAUCCGAUGGAUUUGAUUUAAAGAGCGAAUAUUCUAGACUUAAUCAACUUACACGGAAAAAAUGGUCUCUACAGUAUUAUACUUUUGUUGUUAGUCAAUUUAUAUUAUAUUUUUUAUUUUGUAAAUGUAUAGAUAUUUAUGCAUAUUUAUUUAAAGAUCAAAUAAAUCACAAUACUUGAAGGUAGAUGUACUUUUGAUCUUGUAAUUUUGGUUUCUGGCUUGAAGCAUUGAAACCAAAUUUAAUUAAUUCGAAGUUAACGUUGUAGUAGAACUUGUGAUAUGUUAAAAUAAAUGUUAUCAUAAAA